GGCCGCUCCAAAUAGUGGGGGCCCACAUUAACAAUACCAGCUGUGAUAAUGUGAUCCCUCGUAUUUUCUCUUCUCAGUUGAAUUUCCUCCAUUGCUGAGAUCUGAACUCAGAGUUCUAUCUCUCUCUUUUACUGACUGACAUAUAACAACUGCAUAUCAGUGAAGGACAAUAGAGGAAUGAUAGCAAGAUGGGCAGGAAAGGAAACUGGUUGUCUUCUGUAAAGAAAGCUCUAAGCCCAAAUACUAAAGAGAAAAAAGCAAAGAAAGCUGAUAAAUCGAAGAAAAAAUGGUUUGGAAAUGAAAAUCCGCUAGUAUCUGAACCGUUAAACCAAGAAGCUGCCCAAGCUUCUUCUCAUCCUCCCACUCUUCCUCCUUUGGAGAAUGUGAAAUUAGCAGAAAUCGAGGAUGAGCAGACAAAAAAUGCUGAUGAUGAUGUGGCAGUUGAAACGGUGUCGGUGGAAGAGAUAGCUACAAAGGUUGUUCGGCUGUCUAAGCCUUCUCAGUUUGCCGGAAAAUCUGCUGAGGAAAUAGCAGUCAUUAAGAUCCAGACGGCGUUUCGUGGUUACUUAGCCAGAAGGGCAUUAAGGGCUCUAAGAGGAUUAGUCCGAUUGAAAUCACUGGUUGAUGGGCCCACAGCCAAACGCCAGACGGCAAGUACUUUGAAAUGUAUGCAGACAUUAUCUCGUGUUCAGUCUCAGAUUCAAUCGAGAAGGCUAAGGAUGUUAGAAGAGAAUCGGGCGCUCCAGAGGCAGCUACUCCAAAAUCGUGCUAAAGAGCUCGAAAGUCUCAGAUUGGGGGAAGAAUGGGAUGAUAGUGUACAGUCGAAAGAGCAAAUUGAAGCGAAUUUGCUGCAUAAAUUUGAAGCUGCAAUGAGGCGUGAACGGGCUUUAGCUUAUUCAUACACUCAUCAGCAAACGUGGAAAAAAUCAUCCAAGCCGACCAACUUGCUCUUCAUGGACCCAACCAAUCCUCACUGGGGCUGGAGCUGGUUAGAACGCUGGAUGCCAGCUGUCACCACCCCAUUGGAUAAUUCCCAAAUUGCCCUCGACAAAGAAAACAACAUCAAAACCCCCUCCGGACUUGGUGACAUCACUAAGUCUUUUGCCCGUCAUCAGCUCUCGAAUUCGGAGCCAAAUCCAUCUUCUUCACCUACCACCUUAAAAAAACCUCCUCUUACCCCAAAAUCAUCAACUUCCAAGAAAAUCAAGCUCCCGAUUAGUCAAGAUGAUGAGUCGAGAAGUACUUUUAGCAUGAAAUCGGAAAGGAUUAAUAGGAGGCAUACAAUUGGUGGGGGCUCGUCUAUUAGAGAUGAUGAGAGUUUGACGAGUUCACAAACCUUGCCGAGUUACAUGGUUCCAACUCAGUCGGCUAGGGCUAAGCUGAGGCUUUCGAGUCCAUUGGGAAUGGAGAAUGGUGGUUUUAAUAAUAAUGAUGAUGAUAAUAAUAAUAAUAAUAAUAAUAGUAAUAGUAAUACGCCUAAAAAGGGGUCGGCUAAAAAGCGGCUUUCUUUCCCACCUUCGCCGGCUAGGGGGAGGAGAAAUCCGGGCGUGCAAAAAUCCGAUUUGUGA